AUGGCCACUGCUGCGAGGACCUUCACCCGGGCCGUCGCCCGGUCCAACCCCCUCAGACCCGUUGCUCGCAACGCCCGCUUCGCUCUCCCUGCCCAGACCCUGCGCGCCACCUCUCGCCGGGGAUAUUCGUCUGAGGCUGGCUCUGGCAAGUCUUCGAACAGCCCCCUCAUCUGGGGUAUUGGUCUCGCCGCCGCGGGUGGCGUGGGCUACUACUUCUACCAGAACGGAGAUGUGAAGGCCAAGGCCAGCGGCCCCUUCGUCCCAACCAAGGAAGACUACCAGAAGCUAUGGACCGGUAUGUGGUUACCAACACAAAAAAAGCGGAACGGUUCUUGGAGUGCUAACAUGAGCUUCAGGUUCUUGUUCGGCUGGCAUGGCACGCGUAGUGGUACAUACGACAAGGAGACUGGCACUGGAGGCAGCAACGGUGCCACCAUGAGAUUCGCUCCCGAGUCUGAGCACGGCGCCAACGCUGGUCUCAAGGUGGCUCGGGACUUCCUUGAGCCUGUCAAGGAGAAGUUCCCAUGGAUCUCCUACUCCGACCUCUGGACCCUUGCCGGUGUCUGUGCCAUCCAGGAGAUGCAGGGCCCUACGAUCCCCUGGAGACCCGGCCGUCAGGACAAGGAUUUCACCGCCUGCACCCCGGACGGACGUCUCCCUGACGCUUCCAAGGACCAGAAGCAUAUCCGCGACAUUUUCGGACGCAUGGGCUUCGAUGACCGCGAGAUGGUCGCCCUCAUCGGUGCCCACUCCCUGGGUCGUGCACACCGGGACCGCUCUGGUUACGAGGGUCCUUGGGACUUCAGCCCCACGGUCUUCUCCAACGAGUUCUUCAGACUCCUGCUUGAGGAGAAGUGGUCGUGGAGAAAGUGGAACGGUCCGGCCCAGUACACUGACAACUCCACCAAGACCCUGAUGAUGCUUCCUACCGACAUUGCCCUCGUGAAGGACAAGGAAUUCCGGAAGCACGUGGAGCGUUACGCUAAGGACAGUGACGCUUUCUUCAAGGACUUCUCCGACGCCUUUGUCAAGCUGCUCGAGCUUGGUGUGCCUUUCACCUCCAAGCCUGAGGACCGCUGGACCUUCAAGACCAGCUCGUAA